GUUGUGGGUAAAUAUAAGCACGCUACUCAUCAAAAAUCUUCACUCUCCACCGUGUUCCGGCCUAAUCCACAUCCGAACAAACAGCCGCAACAUGAAAUUAACCAUUGUCCCAUUCCUUCUCACUCUGAGCGUGACGCUGGCCCAGCGUCAGUCAUACCGCCAAGCUCAGCCUCAGUACCAGCAACAACAGCAGUACCAGCAGCAACAACAGUAUGACCAAAAGCAACAACAGUACGACCAACAGCAGCAGUACCAGCAGUACCAGCAGUAUCGGCCGGAGCCCAGCGCAGCUGACGUGUAUUCCGCGCUGAAGAACCGGCCGAUCGUGGUUCAGGACCAGAGCCCGGCCGCUGCGACUUACCAGAGCACUCCAUCACCGGUGGCCGUCACGCCGGCCCAGAACCUCGUCCAACAGUACUCCACUCCCGAGGCCCCAGCUCGUCUCCUCUCGAGGGCCGAGUACACGACGGUCAUACCCAUCAUCCGCUACCAGAAGGAACAGUCCCUCGAUGGAAGCUACAAGGCGAGCUAUGAAACUGGUAACCACAUCGUAGCUGAGGAAACAGGAUUUUUGAAAAACGUCGGAGUUAAAGACCAUGAAGCUUUGGUGCAACACGGUUCAUACUCGUACACCUCACCAGAUGGCGUCCUCAUCAACGUCCAAUACGUGGCCGACGAGGGAGGAUUCCGGGCAACCGGUGACCACCUUCCUACCCCACCACCGAUUCCCGCUGAGAUCCAAAAGGGUUUGGAUACCAUCUUCGAGCAAAUCAGACUUCAAGCGGAAGCAGAAGCCAGGAAACCCAAGCCAGCUGGAGACAUCAACACAAACGCAGUAACGGAAAACUACAACGGGAGAUACCAGCAGUAAUUUUCGAGCCGAAUAAGCGCUCUUCAAAAGUUCCCAAAAGCUAUGAUUAUCCAUUCGAUAGAAAAGUUAUCAAAGUUUCGCUACCAGUCGAACUUUAAGAGGAAGAAAAGCGCUUCGCUGGAAAAAAAAGUAGCUUAGAUCUAGAGUCCAGACUCUUAAUAACAUUGACAAGAAAAUACACUUUAAUUCAAUCCUAUUUUUCCUCUUGAUUCGAAGAGCUGAGACUCUUGAUUUGGGCGGAUUUCCUUUUGAUUCGAGCAAAAUUUCGAUUGAAUCAAGAAUAUUUAUUUCCUUAUCAAUGUUUUUAAAAGUCUCGACACUAGAUCGAAACGACUUUUUUCCCACUCAGCAAAUUGAUACUUAAAAAGAUGUCGAGGAAAGAUGUUGUUAAAAGAUGGAUUUUCAUGGCAUUAUAGUUUUUUAGGGAUCCUUACCACCGUUUCUGCCGAUUGAAGGGUAGUGCAGGCCCUCGUAUUCUCUCAUUGCCAAUCUUUAAAUUGUGUUAAGGUUGGUUGUCUCAAAGUCUGAUGAACAAAAGUGUUCAUAUAUUCACCAGUUACCUAUUGCUGCAAAAAAGUCCUAGAUAUUAAGUUUAGUGUUUAUUUUUCUAGUUGUUAAGUGAUGUAAAUACUCGGAUUAAAUUUUUUACACUCUAAU